AUGAGCUCCACCACCAUUCCCGGAUUCUGCGUUUUCUACCAGCAUCUCGUCACCACCUGCGCCCCCGCCGCCACCACCACCUACAACGCGGUCACCGAAACCGUCACCGCUGAGAUCACCACAGUCACCGAUAUUACCAUGGUCAUCCCCACACAAACAUGCCCGUCGUCAUCGGCGACUGGGUUUUCAGCGUCCCCUUCACCCCCACCGUCAUCGUCCCCAUCGUCGCCCCCAUCAUUCACCCACCCACCACCCACACCGUCACCGUCACUAUUACCCCGACUCCCACCCGCAGCUCUCUCGGCUAUUGGGACUAUUGGCUCAAUUGGAUUUGAAAAGGGAUCAAAGGGGGUAGGGAGACAAUGA